UUUGAGGUCAGGAAAAUGGCCAAGGCCAGUAUCUCAGUAGACCAAGACCAGUUCAUCUGUCCAGUGUGUUUGGAUCUACUGAAGGAUCCAGUGACGAUCCCCUGUGGUCACAGUUUCUGUAAGGUGUGCAUUAAUGACUACUGGGAUCAGGAUGAGAAGAGUGGAGUUUAUCUCUGUCCUCAGUGCAGAGACACUUUCACUCCAAGGCCUGUUCUAUGCAGAAACAAUAUGCUGGCUGAAGUGGUGGAGAAACUGAAGAAGAUUGAAGUCCAGACUGCUUCUCCUGCUCCCUGUUAUGCUGGACCUGGAGAUGUGGAGUGUGAUUUCUGCACCGGGAGAAAACACAAAGCUGUCAAGUCCUGUCUAAUGUGUCUGGCCUCCUUUUGUGAAACUCAUUUAAAACCUCAUCUUGAAAUUCCUGCUUUGAAAAAGCACAAGUUAGUCAAAGCUUCUGGAAAUCUACAAGAGAAGAUCUGCUCUGAGCAUAAUAAACUGUUGAAGAUCUACUGUCAUACUGACCAAAGCUUCAUCUGUAAACUGUGUAUGACCAAUGAACACAAAAGCCACAACACCAUCUCAGUUAAAGCAUACAGAAGUGAAAAACAGAGUGAGUUAAAGGAGGAGCAGAUGAAAUCCCAGCAGAGAAUCCAAGAGAAGCAGAAGAAGGUGCAGGAGCUGAAACAGGCUGUGAACACUAUAAAGCUCAGUGCAGAGACAGCAGUGGAGGACAGUGAGAGGAUCUUUAUUGAGCUGAUCAGCUCCUUGGAGAAAAAGCGCUCGGAGGUGACGGAGCUGAUCAGAGAUCAGGAGAAGGCUGAACUGAGUCGAGCUGAACGACUCCUGGAGCAACUGGAGCAGGAGAUUGCUGAUCUUCAGAGGAGAGUCACUGAGCUUGAGCAGCUUUCACACACACAUGAUCACAUCACUUUCCUCCAGGUAACACUCACUGUUUUAGCUUCUGGACGUCAGUCUCCUGCAUUUAACAGACUAACAUUUCACACAUCCAGCCUCGGUAUCAGUCAACAUCUCUCAUUUGAUGGAGUGAGGAAAUCUCUCUCUGAUCUGAAAAAGAGACUCGAGGAAUUCUGCCAGGAGGAAUUUAUCAAAAUCCUUGAACAUGUUGAAGACGUUCAGAUUUUACUCUCAGAGCCAAAGAGCAGAGACGAGUUUCUGAAAUAUUUCUGUGAUCUGACUCUGGAUCCCAACACAGUAAAUUAUCACCUCAUUCUGUCUGAGAAGAACAGAGUGGUGACACGCAGUGAGAGAAAACAGCCAUAUUUUGAUCAUCCAGAAAGAUUUGACUCCUACUGUGAGGUGUUGUGUAAGGAGAGAGUGUGUGGACGCUGUUACUGGGAGGUGGAGUGGAGCGGUGAGGGAUAUGUAUUAAUAUCAGUCUCAUAUAAAGACAUCAGAAGGAAAGGACGGGGUAAUGAGUGUUGGUUUGGAUUCAACAAUCAGUCCUGGAGUCUGUGGUGCUCUUCUUCUUCUCUCUCUUUCUGUCACAACAGCAUAAAGACUGAUCUCAGAGUUCCAUCCCCCUCCAGAAUAGGAGUGUAUGUGGAUCACAGUGCAGGAACUCUGUCCUUCUACAGCAUUUCUGACACGAUGAAGCUCCUCCACAGAGUCCACACCACAUUCACUCAGCCUCUAUACGCUGGGUUCUGGCUCUACUGGUGUGAACCAGGGUCAACUGUGAGGUUGUGUGAUCCAAAAAAAUAA